AUGAAGUGGUCACCUGUUUACAUAAUAAUAACCAUUUCAACUUAUGUACAUUCCCAACAGAGAAUCGUUGAAGGCCCCACAGAUACUCGAGUUUUACUUGGUAGUACAGCUCUUUUAAAAUGUCGUAUUGAAGCACAGCAAGGAGCAGUGCAAUGGAUGAAAAAUGGUUUUGGUUUGGGAAACGAUCGUGAUUUAUCUUUAUUCAAAAGGUAUAGUAUGGAAGGUAGGAUUAGUAAGGGAGAAUAUAAUUUGCGGAUAAUUAAUGUACAAAUGGAUGAUGACGAUGAAUAUGCAUGUCAGGUUGAAGCAGCCAAUGAAAGCCCAACCAGGGUAUCCAAUAUUGCUAAACUUACUGUUUUAGUUAAACCAGAAGAUCCAAAAUUGUUGUUACCUGUAUCCAAUCUGAGAACAGUGGUUGGACAACAUAUUCAACGAUCGUGCAUAAGCACACAUGGUAAACCGCAGGCAAAAAUAGGCUGGGUCAUAUCUGACGAUCUAAAUGCCUCAAGUGUUUCAAUUUGGCUAGGAGACAGUAAGGCUAAGCUCAAUCCGGUCUUUGAGCUUGCUAAUAAUGGUCAAGAAAUACAAAAUGCACACGUUAUUGAAUAUGUUAGCUCUAAUAACGAUCAAACUUACGAUGUUAUCAGCAAUAUAAGUUUUGCACCUCGGAUGGAAGACGAUGACAAAUAUUUGGUAUGCUUGGUGAGCCAUGAAACUUACACAACGACACGAUCAUAUGCUGUUCGACUUGAUUUAAACUAUCCGCCAAAAGUAGAAGUGAAACUGGACAAUAAUUCCAAGCUUUAUGAGCACGGUUCGGCAAAACUCCUCUGCAACGUCAAAGCUAAACCAUUCGAGAAUAUCAAAAUAACGUGGUACCGAAAUGGAAAAGCAAUCACCCUUGCAACAUCUAAUACGUUAUCAAUAUCCGAGUUAAGAAUUGACCAUCACCAAUCUGAGUAUACAUGUGUUGCAACAAAUAUAAUUGGCGAUUCUUCUGAUUCUAUUGUUCUCAAUGUUACAUAUGGAGCUUACAUAAUGUCACGUGAGCAGCAUCAAGCGGUAAAUCCUGGCGAAACAGCAACAUUUGUUUGUGAAGCUAUUGGAAAUCCAACUCCAACAAUCUAUUGGACUAAAGUAGCUGAUAGUGAAAUCAUAGCUCGCGGAAACAAUUUAACAAUUGAAUCAGUUCAAAGUUGGCAACGUGGUGAAUAUGAAUGCGUAGCAACGGUCCAGGGAUUUCCGCCUGCACGUUUAAUAAAUUAUUUACACAUUAGGGGACCACCUUCUGUAAGGUUGGGUGAUGAAAUUGUUGCCGGUGUUGGAGAAAGUCUUGAGAUUAUUUGUGAGGUACGAGGCCGUCCGCAGCCACAAGAUGUUUUGUGGUCCUUAAAUGGGAUAACGUUUGAAUAUGGACGUUUAGGCGGUCGAUUUCAAAUUCAUCAAGUCCCGCGGCAAUUUGGCGUAGAAAGUCGGUUAGCUAUUCAAAAUGUCAAAGAUUCGGAUUUUGGUACGUACAAUUGCACUGCCUAUAAUGAAUUGGGCAAGGAUUUCCAGACAGUUCAAUUGAAACCGAAAAGCAUAGUGGACGCAUUUAUUGGAAUUGUACCACCGCAAUAUUUUAUUCCAACUGCUUUCCUAUUACUCUCAGCUCUGUUCGUUAUGGGUUGUUGUGGUUGUUGGCAAUGUCAUCGAAAUUCAUACAAAAAUGCUGCUCAGUUCAGCGAUGAUCAUUCUGAUGUGAAUGUAAAAAUUGAAACGCUUAUUGGCGAUCAGUUUUUUACUGACAUGUAUAAUUCUAUAUCAAACGAAAGUCAUCAACUUCUUUGUUCUGAAGAUUAUAUACCGGUGCCACAAAGUAAUCCAAACUGUUAUUAUUUAUCAUCUUCACCGCUUAUUAAUAGAAGCAUUUACAAAGCUUGUGCAUCACAUUCUUUUGAUUGUGGCAUUGAUGAACAAAAUAUGCAUAUCAAUCAUCCCUACAAUAGUUUUGCAUCAAGUGCAAGUACCGCUGCUGUUACCACAUCUGAACCAUAUCGCUAUCAGAAUCCAAAGGGAUGUGCGCUACUGGAAACAAUGUCUAAAGUAUCAACAUCGGAUGCGGAAUGUGCAGGUGCCUUACAGAACGGUGCAGUGCGAAUGCAAGAGCGACCAAUAAGUCAAAUAUCGACACACGUUUAG